ACAACAACACUCGAUAGACAACGACAAACCUAGCGAAUAGUUCUCAAAUUCAUUAGACAAUUGCAAUACUCUAUACCCGAACGCGAUUCCAAAAAAAUAUAUACAAAACCAAACUUACGGUUUACGUGAUUCGUAAAUUCGAUUGGACAACAGACUGUUUCAUUUCACAUGAAAUUCCAUUACUUGUGAAAGAAAAGUGAUGAAGUCAGUGUUAAGAAGUGUUUUUGAAAUAAAAUAUUUGUAAAUAAAAAUCUGUGCAAAAAGGAAACAAGGAUUACUCUCCGGAAAACAACAAUAAAAACACAGCAAUAUGGCGCUCACUUUUCAAGUGCCAUUCUUGAUGAUACUGCUGACGUUAGCUCAUGGUGCCCGCUUAGAUAAUCGAUACCUUCCGCCCCCACCUAAUGCUGCCACGGCCGGUGGUGGUCCUGGUCUUCAAGGUCCAGGAGGCGGUGGUGGACCAGGAGGCAGGCCAGGUGGAUUUGGUGGUGGUGGCGGCGCUGGCGGAGGUGGUGGCGGAGGUGGUGGAGGAGGUGCAGGCGGUGGUGGCGGUGGGGGAUUUGGAGGCGGAGGUGGCGGUGGCGGCAACAAUGGCCUUGGAGGUUUCUCCGGUGCAGGUGGCCCAGGUCGACCAUUUGGACCCUCCGGUGGUAGUGGUCCAGGAGCGCGGCCCAGUGCACCUUCCGGCCCCUCUGCACCAGCUGGACCAGUCAUUCCAAUUCUAUCCUUUGUAAAUGAAAAUGAUGGCGAUGGCAACUAUCGCUUUAGCUACGAAACGGGUAAUGGCAUAAAGGCUGAGGAAGAAGGCACAGUUAAAAAUAAAGGAUCUGACAAUGAAAUUCCCUCAGUGAUGGGUACAUAUUCAUAUACUGCGCCCGAUGGUCAGGUGAUAGAAGUUGCUUAUACCGCCGAUGAAAAUGGUUUCCAACCACAAGGAGAUUUGUUACCAACUCCUCCUCCAAUACCUGAGGCGAUAGCAAAGGCUCUGGCUGCCCAAGGAAUUCAACCGGCACCUGGUGGUGGUUUCAUUGGUGGAACUGGUUCAGGUGCAGGUGCAGGUGGUGGCGGAGGCGGAGGCGGUGGAACUGGACGUGGAGGUGGUGCUGGAAGUUUUGGUGGAGCCGGUGGUGGCACCGGAGCUGGCGGAUAUGGUGGUGGCGGAGCAGGAGGUGGUGCCGGUAGAGGUGGAGGCGGUGGAACAGGUGCCGGCGCAGGUGGUGGAUUUGGUGGAGGAGCAGGAGGUGGAGCUGGUAGAGGUGGUGGAGCCGGAGGAUUUGGCGGUGGUUCUGGCGCAGGUGGUGCUGGUGGCGCCGGUGCUGGAGGCGGCUAUGGCGGUGGCGCUGGGUCAGGCGGAGGUGCUGGUAGAGGCGGUGGAGCUGGCGGAGGAGGUGCCGGCGGUUUUGGCGGUGGCGCCGGAGCUGGUGGUAGAGGUGGAGGUGCCGGUACUGGUGGCGGUUAUGGUGGUGGGGCUGGGGCAGGUGGAGGUGCUGGUAGAGGCGGGGGAGCCGGUGCUGGUGGUGCCGGUGGAUUUGGAGGAGGUGGCGCUGGAGCCGGUGGCGGUGCUGGUAGAGGAGGUGGAGCUGGCGCAGGAGGUACCGGCGGAUUCGGUGGUGGUUCCGGGGCUGGUGGUUUUGGCGGUGGCGCCGGAGCUAGUGGUAGAGGAGGAGGUGCCGGUGCUGGCGGCGGUUAUGGUGGUGGCGCUGGUGCAGGUGUCGGUGGCGGUGCUGGUAGAGGUGGUGGAGCCGGUGAUGGUGGUGCUGGUGGAUAUGGAGGAGGUGGUGGCGCUGGAGCCGGUGGCGGUGCUGGUAGAGGAGGUGGAGCUGGCGCAGGAGGUGGAGCUGGCGCAGGAGGUGCCGGCGGAUUUGGCGGUGGCGCCGGAGCUGUUGGUAGAGGUGGAGGUGCCGGUACUGGUGGCGGUUAUGGUGGUGGCGCUGGGGCAGGUGGAGGUGCUGGUAGAGGCGGGGGAGCCGGUGCUGGUGGUGCCGGUGGAUUUGGAGGAGGUGGCGCUGGAGCCGGUGGCGGUGCUGGUAGAGGAGGUGGAGCUGGCGCAGGAGGUACCGGCGGAUUCGGCGGUGGUUCCGGGGCUGGUGGUUUUGGCGGUGGCGCCGGAGCUGGCGGUAAAGGAGGAGGUGGCGGUGCUGGCGGCGGUUAUGGUGGUGGUGCUGGUAAAGGCGGUGGAGCCGGUGGAUUUGGAGGAGGUGGCGCUGGAGCCGGUGGCGGUGCUGGUAGAGGAGGUGGAGCUGGCGCAGGAGGUGCCGGCGGAUUUGGCGGUGGUUCCGGCGCCGGUGGUGCUGGAGGUCGUGGCGGAGGCGCCGGUGCAGGCGGAGGUUAUGGUGGUGGCGGUGGUGCUGGUGGUGGAGCUGGCAAAGGCGGUGGAGCGGGCGCAGGUGGUUAUGGAGGCGGAUCAGGCGCCGGCGGAGGAAGCGCCGGUGGUUUUGGUGGUGCCGGUGGCUUUGGCGGUGCCGGUGGUAAAGGAGGCGGUACCGGUGGCGCUGGUGGUUUUGGUGGCGGUGCAGGUGGUGCCGGUGGAAGAGGAGGUGGGGCUGGUGUUGGAGGCGGGUUUGGUGGUGGUGCCGGCGGAGGUGCUGGCGGAGGUGCUGGUGCAGGUGGCGGCGCUGGUAGAGGAGGCGGAGCAGGAGGAGCUGGUGGUUAUGGAGGUGGUGCAGGAGGUGCCGGUGGCUUCGGUGGUAGCGGUGGUGCCGGUGGAAAAGGAGGAGGUGCCGGCGGCUUCGGUGGCGGUGCUGGUGGAGCCGGUGGAAGAGGAGGUGGGGCUGGUGUUGGAGGCGGUUUUGGUGGUGGUGCCGGCGGAGGUGCUGGUGCAGGUGGUGGCGCUGGUAGAGGAGGCGGAGCAGGAGGAGCUGGUGGUUAUGGAGGUGGUGCAGGAGGUGCCGGUGGCUUCGGUGGUGCCGGUGGAAAAGGAGGCGGAGCAAGCGCCGGUGGCGGUUUUGGUGGUGGAGGUGCCGGCGGCUUCGGUGGCGGUGCUGGUGGAGCCGGUGGAAGAGGUGGUGGAGCUGGCGCUGGAGGCGGUUUUGGUGGUGGUGGUGCUGGUGGUUACGGUGGUGGUGCGGGAGGUGCUGGCGGUAAAGGUGCUGGUGCUGGUGGUGCAGGCGGUUUUGGUGGUGGUGGUGGUGGCGCCGGUGGCGGUGCUGGUGGUAGAGGAGGUGGCGCUGGAGCUGGUGGCGCUGGCGGUUUUGGUGGCGGUGCUGGUGCCGGUGGUAAAGGAGCUGGUGGUGGCGCUGGAGGUUUCGGUGGAGCCGGUGGUUCGGGUCCUGCGCCAGGCUUGCCGGGUCGUGGUCAUCCAAGUGGCGAUUUUAAUCCCCAAACUGGUUACAACUAUUAAAUCUCAAUCACUCUUUAAGCCUCAGUACUCAAUGCAACGAUAUCUGCCACAAAUACUCGUAGCAUCUAAGCCCCUAUACUAAUUUACUUUACUUUAACUUACCCGAUAUUGCAAAAAAAUUAUAUUUUCAUACCUCCUACACUACACUAUACUACAAUACUCAAGUUCAAGCGUUAAUUAAUUUAAGUAACUUCAUUUAAACAAAUCAUUAGCCUACCGAUGUUCAUUUUAAGAAGUCCUUGUGUUUAUUCGUUUUCUCAUUUUGUUUUAUGUGAACUUUAGUGUAAUAAGUAAAUCAUUGUUAAAUUCUGUUGUUUUUCUUUUGUUCAUCGUGAGAAUAUGGCUAGUGAGCGAUUUCAAAAUUUGAUUAAGGUGAGAUUUCGUGAAAUCCUUUGAAAGCACAGAAGCAGCAUUUGCCAAAUUUUAUGUAAAUAUAAUUAAGUUCGAAUGUAUAACAAAU